AUGAUAACGUAUAAGCAGCUUGAUCUGAGCUCAGAUGUGCAAUUCAACACUAUUAAAAAACUAAUCGAUGAGGAUUUGAGUGAACCCUACUCAAUAUAUGUUUAUCGCUAUUUCUUAAACCAGUGGCCUUCACUAGCCUAUCUGGCAUACGAUUCAUCCUCCCCUGAAACCUCGAAAGAACCAAUAGGCUGCAUAGUUUGCAAAGCUGAAUCUCAUAGGAAAGUGCGGAAGCGAGGUUAUAUUGCGAUGCUUGCAGUCAGCCGUUCUUAUAGGAGCCAAGGAAUUGCGAAGAAGCUGAUCACUCUUGCUAUCAGUGAGAUGGUUAAACAACAGUGCGAUGAAAUUAUGCUGGAAACAGAGUGUAGCAAUAAAGUUGCCCUACAUCUGUACGAAUCUAUAGGUUUUAUUCGUUUAAAACGAAUGUUUAGAUACUACCUUAACCAGGGCGACGCUUACAAACUGAUUCUGCCGAUUACUGAUAGAAGCUGCCAACGUAGCACGUUUCUGUGUGCAAACGAAUCAUAG